GAACAAACACGCACUACAUGUCUAUAUAUAUAAACCUUUUCACGCACAAAACCAAAACCAACACAAACCAAAAAAAAAAACAAACACAAAGAAACAGAGCAAUGACUAAGAUUCAUUCUAAUUCUUGGGUGAGAGGUAAGUGUAUUGGUAAAGGAGCGUUUGGCGUUGUGAAUUUAGCUUAUUCAAAAAGCGAUUCUAGUGUUUUCGCGGUGAAAUCUGUUGAUUUAAAAACAGGUCAUCCAAAUCAGUUACAAGCGUUGGAGAAUGAAAUUCAGAUAUUGAAACGGUUAUCUUCUUAUUCUUCUUCUUGUUCUUCGCACGUGGUAGGUUUUUACGGAGAAGAUGUCACGUGUGAAGGAACUACGACGUCGUUUAAGAAUCUACACUUGGAGUAUAUGCCAGGUGGCACCGUUGCUGACAUGGAUCGUGCUGACGUGGAUGAACGGUUAGUUAGAAACUUCGCGUGGUGUCUUGUUAACGCGCUGCUUGAAAUUCACGCGUCUGGUGUUGUUCACUGUGAUGUGAAAGGAAGGAAUGUUCUUGUCGCCGGUGAUGGUUCCAUCGUUAAACUUGCUGAUUUUGGUUCGGCGGUGGAAUUUGAAUCUUCCGGUGGUGAGUGUGAAGUUCCGCGUGGAAGUCCGAUGUGGAUGGCACCGGAGGUAAUUCGCCGGGAAUAUCAAGGACCGGAAUCCGAUGUGUGGUCGCUUGGAUGUACUUUGAUUGAGAUUCUCACCGGAAAACUGCCGUGGGAGGAUCGCGGUAUCGAUACGUUGAGUCGAAUUGGAUUUUCCGAUGAGUUACCGGAGUUUCCGAGUAAUUUAUCGGAGCUUGCAAGAGAUUUUCUCGAGAAGUGUCUCCAAAGAGAUCGGAGCCAGAGAUGGAGAUGUGAUCAGCUACUUCAGCAUCCAUUUCUAUUACCGUGUGAUCGCGUUGUGGAAUCGUCACCUCGUUGCGUUUUGGAUUGGGUUGACUCGCAAUUCACUGAGUCAGAAAACGAGUUUGAGUUCGAAUUAGAAUUUGAAAAAGAAAAAGAAGUGAAGUUGAAUAAUAAUAAUGAUGAAAAUUUAGUUAAAAAUAGAAUUAGUAAAUUAGCAACGGAGUUAAGUGUAAAUUGGGAAAGUGAUGAUUGGGUUGUGGUGAGGGCAUUUUCGUCAGAAGAAAAAGAACCAAAUUGUGAAGGUGAAGAAGUAGGGGUAACAUGGGAAUUUGAGAAUGUUGUAGAAGAGGAAAUGGAGGUAGAGGCUAGUUUGGUAAAUUUGGAUUGUGAUGAAAGGGUAAAACGGGAAAUGUGGGAGUUUGGUAAGAGGAAUAGGUUGUUGUGGUUGUGGCGGUGUGAGUGGAAGUACAACCGUAACCGCAGGAACAGCAUUACAGGUGGAAGUUGUUGUGGUAGGAGAUGUCGGUAUAGAUACGGUUGGGGAAAGUUUAAUAGGAAUAUUAUUUAUAUUAGUGGAAUAUUCAGUAUUUACAUAUUCUGUUGUAAAAUAAUUAAAUCAUGUUAUUUGUUCUCAAUAUAUUAUCCUUUUUGGAUAAAAAUAUUAGUAUUGCAUUGCUGUUUGAAAUUGAAAUUCUGGUUAAAAAUUAUUAAGGGUCUGUUUAUUUUGAAUUUUAGUAGAAAUAAUUUUGAGAUGAUUGAUUAUACAAAAAGUAAAUUUAAAGAGAAUAUUCAUAUUUUAAAAAAUAAACAACUGUCAUGAUUUAAGAACUUGAUCCCAAACU